AUGCCGUUGCCACCGAAAGCAGUACAGUGGCUUAAUGAAAUGAGGAUUCUAGAUGGUGGGUUUGGCAGCGAAGCAGCUAUCCGAUCAGACUACGAAAUUGACGCACAUAAGGCUUGGAGCUGCCUACUACUUCAAAAUGAACCGGCUCUAGUCCUGGACAUACAUAAAAGCUUCCUUCGUUCCGGGUGCGAUGUCAUCUCGACAAACACCUACCAAGCCGCCCCCCAGACGCUUGCCGACGCUCUUAACGUGGAAGUUGUCGUGGCCGAGGCCCUGAUGAAAAAGGCUGUGACACUUGCUAGACGUGCGAUUGAGGAGUUUUGGAAAGAAUACGAACAGUCUUUACGCAAUGAGGAGACCGCACCAAAUAUGUUCAAACACGGGUACAAUAAAGCAGAACGGCUUUAUCCAUUAGUCGCCGGUUCUCUUGGUCCCUACGCAAUAGUUUUGCACGACGGAUCUGAAUACACUGGAGCGUAUGCAGAUCACAUGAGCCUCGAUGAACUAACGAAAUUUCACCUCGAGCGUGCCAAGAUACUAGUAUCAGCUGGGGUUGAUUUGCUGGCCUGGGAGACCAUCCCCGCCCUCAUCGAAGUCCAAGCCAUUGCGGAGGUGAUGCGUCAACUUCCGGAAGGUACUGUUGCCUGGUUGUCAGUAUCAACUCGCGAUGGACAGACAACUGCCCAUGGGGAACCUCUGCAUAAGGUGGCGGCUAUUGUAAAUUCAUGCGAUUCGAUAAUUGGCAUCGGCGUGAACUGCUUCAUUCCUCACGAACUGAUCGGUCAGGCGCUCGCCAACGUAGGUGGACUGGAGACCCUUCGGGACAGGAUUGCUGGCAGUGACGAUGGCUACCAUCCACACCCAGAGGCCCUGCGGCUCAACGCAAAGCGGCCCAAAAUCCUCAUUGCUUACCCAAACAGUGGUGAAAUGUGGCUCGAGACACCGCCUCGGUCUUCUGGCGACAAACGCAAAAAGCAUCGCAAUCAGCCCCAACCCAAAGGCCACUGGGUAUGGCCCAACAAC